AUGGUCCCUCCGACACAGAAGGCUCUCAUUGUUACAGCGGUGGGGAAGCCUCUCACCCUAACUACCGACUGGCCGGUUCCUCAGCCGGGAGCAAAGCAAGUGCAAAUUCGGGUUAUGGUUUCUGGUCCGAACCCUCACGAUCAGAAAGCUCGCGAUACCGGUUUAUUCAUUGCUGAGAACCUGCCUGCCGUCCCCGGGAACGACGUGGUAGGACAAAUAGUGGCUGUUGGCUCCGACGUGACAGGCUUUUCUGUCGGGGAAAAGGUCUUUGGACAGGCCGAUUUUAUUGCGAAGGUCCCGGAUGGCUUCACUGUGGAUGACGUUGCAUCACUGCCGACGAACGUCCUAGCGACUGUCAUUGCGUUCUUCAUUGCAGCCCCAGAGGGGGGGGGUGCAAUCUUAGUGCUAGGCGGUGGCAGCAACUGUGGUAAAUUUGGCGUUCAGCUCGCUGUCCUGGCAGGAUUUGGGCGUAUCGUGGUUGUCGGCGGAGACGAGACAGAACUCAAAUCAUAUGGUGCGACGCACGUUAUCGACCGGCACGGAACCCCGAGCGAAACCGUUUCUCGCAUACGCGAGAUCGUAGGUGAUGACCUACUCUACGCCUACGACACUGUCAACCCUCCCGCCACUCAGAUAGUCGGCAUUAACGCACUCUCGUCUACCCGAAAGGGCAAAGUGGCUCGGUUAUUGCCUAUUGGCCCUAUGGACGAGUCUCAAGUCGAAAAGAAGAGCGCGGGCUACGAGAUCUGGCAUAUUCUCAGUGACCCGCAUCAACACGCCAAAUUGUGCAAAUCAUUCUGGGAACACUCGAUGGCUGGGAUGCGGACCUAUGCUGCUCACAUACCACACCAUAUCAGCUUUGACCAGGCAGCGACAUUCCCCAUCAAUGCCUUUGCGAGUUUUAUCGCCCUAUUCAGUUCGUCGGGAUUCGAUCUAGCACCAAAGUUUUUGGGUCACGGUGUGGACUACGCGAAUGAAGCGAUUUUCAUCAUUGGAGGCGGCUCUAACAGUGGGAAAUUUGCCCUUCAGUUCUCUCGUCUUGCAGGCUUUGGGAAGAUUAUUACAACAGCCAAGGUCCGCAGCGAUGGGGGGCAAUCCCUCCGUGACUUUGGUGCUACUCAUAUCAUAGAUCGGGAGGCAGCGGAUGUGGAAGAUCAGAUCCGUGCGCUGGUUGGCGAUGACUUGUUGUACGCCUUUGACGCGGUUAACGGUGCUUUCUUGGGUGGUGUUAGCCACCAGCUGGCACUCUCGCUUCUGUCGACCACGAAGAAAGGGUCUUUGGCAACAUUGGUUGAUGGAGACCCUGAUCCUGUAAUUGCAGCUACAAAGACCGCUGGUUUCAAGAAAAAAUCAUAUUCUCGGAGUCAGUGA